UGUCUCAGGUGAAAUGGAUGAGCAUGAUGAAGCCUCCCCCCCACUCAUCAGUGAACAGAUCUCAGUGAGAGGCUGUUAAACUGAGUUGUUCAUGGCUUCUCUCAGAUCUGCUGAAGUCAUGACAGUCACAGACGGUAACGUGAUUCGUUUCCACCUCCAGGUUCUUCACGGCAUCACAGUGAAGAGCUUGGAGAAGAGGAAGGAGAGGCUCUUCAUCGGAGGGGUGAAGAUCUUCGGUGUUCCUCUGGAGAACUUACCCAGGACAUACAUGCCUGAGUUUGGACUCGUGCCCUGUUUUCUGGUGGAUGCUUGCUCGUUUCUCCUGGAGCGUGCUGGGACUGUGGGCCUGUUCAGGAAACCAGGCUCUCUUCCUCGCAUCAAGACCCUCAGGGCCAAGCUGAACAGAGCGGAGGACUGUGUGCCCACCGCCCUCCCCUACGACGUGGCCACGCUCAUCAAGCAGUUCUGCAGGGAGCUGCCAGAGCCUCUGUUCCCCCCCGAGCUCCACGCCGCUCUGCUCAAGGCCCAGUCGCUGUCCGACGUGCAGGACAGGACGUCCGCCCUCCAGCUGCUGUCCUGUCUGCUCCCUGCCAGAAACUCCUCCUGUCUGCAUUACCUCCUCAACUUCCUCUCGGGAGUCUCCCAGAGAUGCACUGAGAACCUGAUGACCAGCUCCAACAUCGCCACAGUCUUUGUCCCGUGUCUUCUACCCCCUCCCAACAAGACGGAGAUGUCUGAAAGUCGACUGGAGCUGCGAGUUCUCGUCCUGCGCACCUUCAUUGAAAAUCCUCACUUAUUCGCUGUGAUUCCUAAGGCUGUAAUGGACAGUAUGGAAUUCCUGAAUAAUUUCCAUAUUCCAAAACAUGCUCAUCCAAAGAAAGGACAAAGAAAGAUACAUAGUUUCAAAGUGAUUCGGCCUGUGAAGACGGUGCCCUGGAUUCAGGGGGGGUCAAAGGUCACGGCUGCUGUCUCUGAGCAGAGCCAAGAGUCAACACCAGGGGGCAGACAUACGCUCAGGAGAAGCCUCGGUCUGGAGACUUUCCCCAACGUCCUGCUGUUCAGGACGUGUUUGCCCUGCAAAGAACAAAGUUUCACACCAGCAACCGAUGUUUCCAGUUCCGUGAGCAACGAGGCCUGUAAGAUGCCGCAGGAGAGACGAAGAAGCGACCUGCGUCUCGGUCCCUUCUCCUGCAGGUUGACCAGAGGCCUGGACGCACGCAGCCUGCCUGUGCUCACCGGCGUGGGGAAGCUGCAGCUCGCACCCUGGAGACGACGCUCUUCACUCUGACGUGUAACAAGUAUCAAGAAGCAGCCAUGUUGGUUCUAUCUAUGAGGGACCAGCUUUUAUUCAGAGGGUCCCGAUCCCUUAAGUUGUAUUUUGAUAUUUUACGUUUUAAUUCAUUUGUGUAUCCGGCUAUUUAUUUCACAACAGAACCUUUUUGUGUGGAUAAAGAUUUUCCAUAUUGUUAUAUCAAGAAGUGAAUAAAUAUUUAAGUUUUU